CGACCGCAUGGAGCCUGCAUGGAGUUUCCCAUAAAUUUAGAGACCGCACAGUUCCACAUGAAACCAAGAGACAGGUUGGUAGCGAUAAGCCGCGUCGGGCUUCUCACAGAGAACGUGGCUAGCGUCGAACGGACGAGAGCUUAUUUCAUCCGCUCCACCAACGAGAAACCCGAGCAGUCACAAUCCCCUCUCUCUGCCCUCGCAGUUCUACUCCCUCUCUCAUCAGAACCGAGCAGUCACAAUGGCCAACACCGUCGCCCAGCCGCCCAAGCCAUGGAAAGAGGUCGCCCAGGGCCACUAUGAGCGCGGGUUGGACCCCGUCGAAACGGCCGUCGAGUCCGACAACCAGACGCUGGAUGGCGACUACAACAUCAGCGCGGUGCUCAAAGUGCAGCUCGGCGACGCCAAGCUGGACAAGGCGGCGAUCGAGCAGGCCUGGCUGGAGACGCGCAAGCUCAAUCCUGAAAUCGCCAUCGAAUUCAAAGGCCAGGAUAAUCCCAGAAACAUGGUGUAUGUCGUGCCCGCGGACGAUGGGGCCCAAGACUGGCUCGCAAAGACGCUGUCGGUGGAAGCACCCGUAGACGCUGCAGAGUUUGAUGCAGUCCUGCACAAGGCCAUCAAUCUCAAGAUCCCCGGUCAAGGCAGCUCUACUUUGAGCUGGAUUCCGCUGAAGAACGAGACGGCGGCCCUUGUCCGGAUCAGCAUCAGCCAUGCCAUCACCGAUGCGUCGGGGGUCUUCGGGAUCCUAAGCACGUUUCUCCGGCUCAUUGCUGAAGGCGUCCCCGGGUCGUCGGCAGCAUGGGGCCAGGAGGCUGGCCGGCUUCCCCCCAGCGCACGAUCUGCCCUGGAGGAGGAGCUCGGCGCAUACACUCCCGAGUUUCUUGAAAAGGGACAAAAGCUCUACGAGGCUUGUCUGCCCAACUUUGCUCGUCCACAGCUGUCUUUCCCCUUCCAGCCCGAUUUCAAGACCGCGCCGAGAGAGACGGCACACAUCCGGCUGGCCUUCUCUGAAGCAGAGAGCAAGGCAAUCUUGGCCAAGUGCAAGGCCACCGGCCUGUCGGUCACCUCAGUUGGCAUUGCCGCCAUGCUGCAGGCCAUGCAGCAGCUGUAUGCCAAGGGCGACGAGCAGGGCGGCCUCGUGACAAUCGCCGGCAACGGACGAAGAUUCCUUCGCGUCAAGGACAAGACGACGCCUGAGUCGCCGAGCUAUGCGACUCUGCUCAAUUUCCUCUUCCUCGAGCAGCCCGACAAGCUUGAAGAGACGGGCAAGCAGAUCGGCUCGCAGCUCUCGGACAUUUUGGCGACGCCCAUCAGCUCGGCCGGCUUCAGCUUCAUGGGCCCCGGUUACGUGCACAUGCGCUCUGCCCAGGACUGGGAUCAGCCCGGCUACGGCUACCUGAGCGUCUCGUCGCUCGGCAUUGUGGACAACCUCCUUGCCCCGCGUUUCAGCGGUGCACAGGCCCAAGUCACCAUCGAGGACUUUUCCAUCGGUCUGCGCAAGAACGACUUUGGUCCCUGGGGCUUCAUCUACACGCGGCAGAACCAGCUGCACCUUGGCCUUUCGUACAGCAAGCGGUACUUUGACCAGGCCAAGACCGAGGAGCUCGUGCCUCGCACCAAAGCCAUUUUGAAGGCAUGGUCUGCCUAGAAGUAAUUUUAAUCAGUUCAUCGUCUAACGAUCUAAUUGCCCAAAUUCGGGCCUGUGAGAACAAGC